AUGUCGAGCUACCAGAUCUCUGUGCCAGACUCGGCCCUUGAGGAUCUGAAGCAAAGACUCUCGCUGGCUAGAUGUCCAGACGAGCUCGACGGCUCCGGCUGGGACUACGGCGCACCUCUACAAGACAUCAAGCGCCUGACGGAGUACUGGAAGACUGGAUUCGACUGGCGAGCACAGGAGGCCAAAUUGAACCAGCUGCCAAACUACCACCGACGUAUCAAAGCAGAUGGCUUUCCUGAGCUCGACAUCCACUACCUGCAUCAGACGUCUUAUGAUGCAAAGAGUAUUCCGUUGCUCUUUGUCCACGGCUGGCCUGGAUCCUACGUCGAGGUCACGAAAAUGCUUGCUGCUCUGCGGCAGAGCACGAAUGGCGUGUCGUUCCAUGUGGUGGCGCCGAGUCUGCCGAACUAUGGUUGGAGUGAGGGUGUGAAGCAGAAGGGCUUCGGACUGAAGGAGUAUGCAACCAUCUGUCACCGUCUCAUGUUGUCGCUGGGGUACGACAAGUAUGUGACACAAGGGGGUGACUGGGGCUACAUGAUCACGAGAUCGAUUGGUCUUCUGUUCCCAGAGUCAUGCCUUGCCUCGCAUAUCAACAUGAUCAGAUCUGACGGCCCACCGAAAUGGACACAGAACCCAUGGCAGGCACUGCAACACGCCGUCACACCAUACAGCAAACGAGACAAAGAAGGUUUCGAGCGCUCCCGUUGGUUCCUGGAAGAAGGCACAGGCUACCGACUCGAGCAAAGCACCAAACCUCAGACUUUGGGCUACGGUCUGACCGAUAGUCCAGUCGCCCUGUUGGCAUGGAUCUACGAGAAACUGCACGACUGGACUGACGAGUAUCCGUGGACGGAUGAUGAGAUCCUGACCUGGAUCAGCAUCUACUGGUUUUCCACCGCCGGCCCUACAGCAAAUCUUCGGAUCUACUAUGAAGCUACGCAUACGACGACGGCAGCGGCUGUUCACCGCAAUCGCACGAACCAGUGGAUUGGCAAAGUCAAGCUUGGGCUGUGCUAUACUCCCAAGGAGCUGAGCGUGAUCCCGCGUACCUGGGGCCGUACAUUGGGACCUGUGGUGUAUGAGUCCCAGAAGCAGAAGGGCGGCCACUUUGCAGCUUGGGAGAUUCCGGACGAGAUCACUUCGGAUCUGCAGAAUAUGUUCGGGAAAGGUGGACCUUGCUAUAGGAUCACGGGCAGCCAGUCGAAGCUCUAG